AUGGUGGUGCUGUUAUUUGCUGUGGUAUUGAUUGCCAUGGGUUGCACCAGCAGCCACACAGUUGAAGUUUUUAAUUAUGAAGAAUCGAAAACCAAAACCAUACAUGUAGGUGGGAAAGUACUAUGCCAAGAUUGCAGCCAAGGUUGGAACGAAUGGGUUCACGGCGCCAGGCCCAUCAAAGGUGGGAAGGUGUCUGUGACAUGCAUGGAUGAGAGAAGCAGGGUUGUCUUCUAUGCAAGCGAUCUAACAGACGAAAAGGGCCAAUUCGACCUGAUCAUGAACAAGUACACGACCAACGGCAAAGAAGUGAAAGCUAAUCGAUGCUCAGUGAGGCUGGUGUCUUGCCCAGAUGCCACGUGUAACGUUCCAACUAAUUUCGGCAGGGGCCAGUUGGGGGUGAAGCUCAACCGGCCGAGUUUGGUGUACAGAGAUUUGGUGAAGUACACUCUCGAUCCAUUCUAUUACACCAGUACCUAUGUGCGAGAAACCUGACACUAUUCGUUAUGAUGAUCGUGGCAAUGGACGUAACUACUAAUUAUUAUAACAAGUACGUUUCUUUAGUACUUUUGUUUUGUUUUUUACGUAACUUUCCCCUUAAAUUUGUUUCAACAAUUGUAAUUGGAUGAAAUCAAAUGUUUCUUAAGUGGAA